GAAACUUUCAUCAACAGCCGCCAUGUUUGUUGGUUGUGAACGGAUGAAUUUGGGAAAAAUUUGUGUUUUAGUUAAUUUCUAAAAUGAUCAUUUGAUAAAAGACGUCGGUAAGGUUGCUCUUUAAGUGUUUCUCAAGAGUUUUAAAUGGUCAAAAGGAGAUAUUUCCCAUAAAAAGUUGGACAAUUUGUGUUUCACUAAAAUUGUCACUGCCGUGGCGCUUUGUGGCAGCGGCUGGCGAUUGUCGGAGGUCGACGAGAAGUCGGCGGUAUCCGUCAUCAUGUUGCAAAAAUAAAAUUUAUGCUUUAUCAUUAUUUUACGUGCACAUUUUCAAAUUAUGUUAGACAGUGCUUCUCUGGACAUUUUAUCGACCAAAUAUUUAACUAUUUAAUGCUAUGGAUGAAACGAUAUAUUACGGUUCUUGAAAUCUUAGUGCUGUGUUGAUGUAAACAUGGCCGACCACCAACUUGGCCCUCCGGCCAACAAGAAACCCAGAAUCGGAUCACCAUCUCUCAAUACACCCAGCGAUAAUAAUGGUGAGUUUUAAUUUUAGGUGAUUAUAAAUAUGUCAUAAUACUGUCUAUUUAUUUUAAUUAUCUCGCUAUUUACUCACAGAAAUGGUAAUCUCAUGUCCAAUAAUUAUUAGACAUUGAUUAUGCAGACCCUGUAAAAGGCUGUCCAAAUGAAAAAAAGAACUUUGCCUAGCUUUAUUAUUGCAUAUUUAAAUUUGUCAUUUAAAAUAUUAAAGUGAUCAUGAUUUAAAAAAUUCUAAUUUUAUCUAACAUUCUUACAUAAUAUUAUUUUGGUUAUAAAAAUUAUAAGUUUAUUGAGACUAACUCACUAAGCUUGCUGAGUGCUGACACUUAUUUAAAGUUACUUAACAGAUUAACAGUCACAAAAACCUGCUUUUCUGUUCUUAAUUUCUUUUCUUUAGCCUAGCUUAUUCAAAUAAGUAAGACAAGUUAGGACCUUAACAUUUCUUUAUUGUAGAGCCAGAACCACAUAGAAUUGAUAAUUAAUUGGCAUCUCUUAGUUGCAUGACCUAAUACUAGUACUAGGUCUUGUUUUUUUGAAUUUUUUGGUUAGGCCUAGUCAAGAUUAUUUAAUUUGCUUCUAAUUUAAACUUGUCUCCAGUAAAAACAUUAAUAAAGGGUGUGUGUAGUGUGGUAAGCAUAUCAUGUUACAAACUUAUAUAAUAGCUUCCUAUAUGCUAUUAUUUUAUUUGAAAAGCAUUCACAUCGCUUUACUUGUUUUCAAUAUUUAAUUAGUAUGAGUUUUAUAAUACUCUCAAUUACUGAGGAAUAAUAGUUGGGCCCAUUAGCUUAAUAAGUUCAUAUGAUUUUAAGACCUAUCUCAAUAAACUUAAAGAGAUUUUAAAUAGCGAUGCUGUUAAAAAUCGGGGGUUAGCAGCCAAGGGGAAAAAUAUCAGUAUGUGUAAAUGGUGGGUAUGGAUGCCACUUUUUUCUCAAUGGCCUCCUUCUUGGUUGACACCUAUGCCUAACCUGAACCCUAAAUUGAUCCCUAUGCCUAACCCGAACCCUAAAUCACCCCUAUUGUCUAUGCCUAACCUGAACUUCGUGGCGUCCAUAACUACCAUUAGCCUCAGUAUGAUUUGCAAUACCUUCAGGGUACUCAAUUAAUGUUUUCAUAAAAUGUUAAAGCUAUUACGAUUAUGCCUAAAAAUGCCUUUGAAAAUUAAUAAAACAGUGUAAAAUCAUCAAACUAAUAAUAAUCACUGUACAGCAAAUAAUAAUUCUGCUGAAUUGCAAAAAUGAGUAAAUUUUUAAAGUCCAUUUUCUAUAACUUUAAAAGUAGUCUUAAAAGUCUUUAAAAGUAUUCUUAUGCAGCAGCUCAAUACCCUCUGCACAAAAAAUUUUUCCCACCCGCCUUAAUGAUAUGUAUGAAUCCUCCCUCAGUUUUAGAGUAUAUAAUAUUUGUAUUUUUUUUCUCUCCAGAAUUCAACUUUGGUAAUCUUAACUUUGAUGGCAUAGUCAACGAACUACCAGAUGAUCUUGAUGGAAUCCAGGGAACGUCAAAUGAUGUCCAACAAUCUCAAAGUAACCAAGACUCGGGGAUGGGGGGCUCCUUAUCUCAGUUACUUUCAAGAUCAACACCAAACUCCCAGGCAUCAAUGCCGAUGUCUCUUAACAGUAUUGGUGGUGUGCAGACAAGUAGAAGCCCAGGAAUGGGUGGCAUGAUGAAUAUGGGAAUGGGGAAGAAUACACUUACUAAUAAUUUAGUUGCUAACAUGGCCAAUACAAACAAAGUUGCUACAUCGUCUCAUAUGGGAAUAAAUGAUCUUGUCAGUAGUGCCAAUUUUACCUUGUCUGGCACCAACAGUGGAAUGAUGGGCGGUGUAACAAACACUAUGGGAAUGAAACCAACAAUGGGAACACAACAAAUGAUUGGAAGUGUAGGUAGUCUUAACAUGGGUCAGCAAAUGCAAAAUCCAAUGAUGAAUGGGCCAAAUAGCUUUCCUGGUAGUAUGGGACAGAUGCGCGGCAUGCCAAAUAAUGUGAAUGCUUCAACUUCUAUGCCAAUGCCACAGACAGGAAUGAUGCCUAAUCCUGCCAUGAACCAAAUGCAAGGACAUCAAGUAAUUCCUGGACAUCCUAAUAUGGGAAUGCCACAAAAUCCUGGACAGAUGGUUAGGGUAUGUUAAAUUUGUUUCCUCAAAUUUCAAACUUAAAAUUUGUAAAGAAAUUUUUUUUAUUGAUGUAUUAAAAUUUAUUAAUAUAUGCAGCGGACCCUCAAUUUUCAUCAUUAAUUCAUCCUGGGCUGCUAACUGAAUGUAAAACGAUAAAUAUAAAUUUUUUUUUUACAUAGUUAUUGAUUAAAAGGGUUUAGUACCUUUCCAGACCUGAAUUUUAACUAUCUGUUCUGAUUUUUUAAAUAUUUCAAAAGUCAAUUCCAGAAAUCAAUGCUAAUACAUCUUAAUAAUAGAUUGACCAAUGGUAAUUAAUGCUUUAUUGGUAUGACAGAGAUUUAAAUGUCAUACCUUAAAUAUACUCUAGUCCUAUUUAAGGAGGUAAAUGAAAUUUUAACUAGUAAUUUACCUUCAUUUAAGAAACAAAAAAAACAAAAAAGAAACAAGUGGUAAAUGUGUGUUCCUCGUGUAUCCAAGGUCCAAAUAAAAUGUAGCAUUAAAUACAAAAAAAACAACAAAAAAAACAAACAAAAAAAAAAACAAAAAAAACACUAGUCUCAGAACAGAAUUUGUCACAUAUUUCUUUUUUUAAAAAAGCUGCAAAAACUUGUAAAUAUAAAAAAGAAAUAAGUAGUACUUUGAAUCACCGCCAGAGGCUGAUGAUUUACUAGGCAAGUUGAAUUUUGAAGCGAAUAUCAAACAAAAAUUUCUAUGAAAAUACUGUACAUAAUAUAUAAGUAAUAUAUCCACAUGGAUGAAUAUUUAAGGUCACUGUACUUAUUUUUAUAUAUGUAUAACAAAUUUGCAAGGUCUUAGUUUAAAAUAAAUGGUAUACUUUUGAUUUACAUUUUUUAUGCCAAAUUACUUUAUUUUGAUAAAAACUCAUUGAUACAAGAAGGAAGAUGUUACUCUUUGUUUUAUAUGAAAUUUUCAACAGCCCGGACAGCCAACUGGAAGUGGAACAACAGGUACUCGACAGACUUCUGCUGAUCCUGAUAAAAGCAAGCUUAUUCAACAGCAGUUAGUUUUACUGUUGCAUGCUCACAAAUGUCAGCGUAGGGAGCAGGCAAACGGUGAUCAGGACUGCAAACUCCCUUACUGUCGUACUAUGAAAAAUGUACUCAAUCAUAUGACCACAUGCAACAAAGGAAAAUCUUGUGAAGGUGAGGAUUUAUUUUAAAUGCAUCUGCCAUAAUUUUCCAUUAAAAAGUUAAUUUUUUCUAUCUAUCGGGAUUAGCUUCAAUGGCUAUUUUUUUUUUCUUUCCAUUGGGAUUAGCUUCAAUGGCUAUUAUUUUGAAGUACAAUUAUUUAAUUGGGUGGACAAAAAAUAAUCUCAAGUAUUAGCAAUAUGAAUAUAUGUUUGACAUUUACUGUUUGUCAUUUUAAUUUUUCCUUUUUUUAAUUAAAGUUAAUUUUUUAUUAUUAUUAUACCUUGUCAAAAGCUCAUUAACAACUCGUUAUAUUUUAAUUUACUUAAAAACAAGGUUGGUGCAUUGAUUCUAGGUUCACUCCUGACCCUCUCUCUUUCAGAUCAGUCAAUACUUUUUUGUAUGAAAUUUCAAACACUUGAGUCAUCUAUUGAUGUAGGAGUUAAGUUAGUACAAAAAUAAUCUUAAACUAUAAAAUACUUAAUUGUAUAUUUCAGUGGCCCAUUGUGCUUCAUCUCGUCAAAUUAUAACUCAUUGGAAAAAUUGUACCCGAGUGGAUUGCCCUGUCUGCUUGCCGCUUAAAAUAGCAGACAAGCGAAAUACUACAGGGCAAAACGUCAAUCAAAACUCACCAAUGUCAGCACCUAAUGCUCAACCAUCAAGUGUAACAGAUCCAGCUACAAUGAAGCGUGCUUUUGAGUCUUUAGGGUUACAAUAUAACCAGUCAACAGCAACACAUAAUACAGUCCAGCAUACUCACCCACAGAUGAAUUCUAUGUCAAAUGAUGGUAAAUAAAAAUUUAUGAUUUUAAUUAAUGAUCAUUUUUAUAAUAAAUUUAAUGAGUUAAUUUAUUUUAGAGCACUUCUCCGCAAACUGUUUUCACUCACUGCACACUUACACCCUUUUUAAAGUAGUUUUUUUCCCAUUUUAGUCCUAAUAAAAAAAAGAGCAAACAAUAAAAGGAAAAUAUAUUUACUAACUGCACACAGAUUAAAAGAUUUAAGUUAAAAAAUAAUUUAGAUAUUUCUGCAUGUUUUGUUGAAAAUGAAGCAAAGCCAUUUUGUUUGAAAUUGAAGAAAAUCCCUUUUGUUUUGAAAAAUGUAUAUCUUCUUUGUGUGAUUUGCAUCGUCAUGGAGGAAUUUAGCCUCCGCACACCAGUUGUGGAUCUCUGUUUUAGAAAGUUAAGACAUUUAGUUCCCCCUACCUGGGUGGUUGUCAACAUGUGGCUCCAGGAAUAUUUGCAUCUUUUUUAUUAUUAAUUUUGGCAUGCGGCUGCCAAAAUACUUUAGUGAGAUUAUUUAAAACAUGGCUCCUUACUCAAAAAAGGUUGGAGACCCCUUAUCUUAUCAGAUAAGUGAAUGUGGGUGUGAUCAUUUUACAAUUUUUACAAUGUACAGUAUAUGUGACAGAGUUGCCACUAAGCUUUUUGCUAAAAAUAUAUAUAUAUAUUUUUUUAAGAAAAGAAUUUUUCUAAAUCUUUAUUGCUGUGGGGUAACAAAAAUUGAAUAACUGUACGGAAUGUCACAAAAUAACUUCAGGUCAUAAGUGCAUGAAUAUUAAAUAAUGCCUAUGCUGCAAAUUUUUGUGUUUUGAAUUUCGGUGCCCUGAUAAUCCCAGGGAAUUAUGUAAUUCAAACAGGAACUAGCCAGCCCUAUAUUCCCAGGUUUCCAAACUCCAAAUAGGUCAAAAAGGGUUUUCUGUGGGGUUUACUUGCAAAAAAAGGUAAACUACAACUUUUCAAUUAUAAUUAGUGUCCUCAAAUUUAAAUAUGCUCUCAUUUGCCUCUACAUGACUUUUAGAUGUGGUAAAUUUAAAAAAAAAAUGAUUCACAGUAAGGGCUCACUUUGUUUCUAUAAACUUGGUUGCGGAUCAGUUUGCUUCUAAAAUUCACCACUUACAAAGUAUUUCUUGUUGAGAUUUAUUCAGUGUGGUUUAGAGUGGUUAAAAGUUUUUUGUCCUCUAAAAUGUCCCAAAGCCGAUUCAUACAUUCAACUAAGGCCACUUGUUUAACAGGGAAUUGUUUUAAGAUCUAAACAUCUUAUUGACUGCCCCAUUUGAACCUUUGAUAUUCUUAUUACUUGCUAAUUUUCAUAGAUCUUUUUCCUUAGUGGUGUACCCUUAGCCUCAGUUUGAUUCAACCUCGUGUCAUAACUGCAACAUUUUAAAUCAUCUAUCUCCUAUUAAACUUUGGAUUUCAAGAAUCUUGAUAAUAUACCUAACAUUAUAUCAGUUCUUUCGUGUUUUACAUAGUAUGACAUUGAAAUGUUAUUAUUAAUAAUGCAGACCUGUUUACUCUUACAAUUUUGGCGUACAAUGUGCAAUUUUUAGAUGUCUUUUGGGGUUGUUGAUUAAGGAGAUUUAUGGCAUAUGAGACGCAUGGGGGAUUGGUGGGAGUGUCAAAGGAUAUAAAAUAUCGCAACAUAUCGUAUUGAUGGUGAUGAUUGUCUUAUUGUUGCUUUGUGAAUAUUUAGACUAGACAACUUCACUCACCAUUCCCUUUGACUGCUACCAAGCGUAUGACGUAGUUUUGUUACAUAAUUAUUUUGACUGAUUGUGGAAAUGAAGAAAACGAUUUUAAUACAACAGUGUGGUAUCACUACUCCUACUAAACGCGCGCCCCCCCCCCCCCCCCCCCCUUUUUUUUUUUGUGUAAAGCUUGCGGUUGUUAUUAGGCGAUACUAUGUUAAUGGAUUCGAUAGGCCACGGCACAAUUUUUUCCCAUUAAUGAGGGUGGGAGAAGGUUGGUUCUGCAGAGCGAAAUAAAUUCGUCACUAGCGCGGAAUGACGUAUUAUUAGACUAUAGUGUAUCACUACUACAGCGAUCACUUUAUGAAAACACAAAGCAUUUGUACACGAGUAUACAAUAACUGCAAAACAUUGUUGUGAUAUUUUAUAGCCUUAAUAAUAAUAAUAAUAAUAAUAAUAGGCAUAAUUAGAAUUCAUGGAUUUCACAGAUUUUCAGUUGGCUCUAUGAGAGACUGUGAGCAUAAUUGUUGUAGAAUUUACGUAUAAAUGUAGGUGCAUUCUGGUGUAGAAUUUAUGUAUAAAUGUAGGUGCAUUCUGGUGGAUUGACACCACAACACACCACCCCCCCCCCCCCCCCAAAAAAAAACAAAGCUGGGGGAAAGUAAGCACGCAGGGGGAGAGGGUUAGAUAAUUUGACUUUAAUGCAUACUGGUACAUGCUAUAUAGAUGGCUCGGCUCCUCCUUGCGUUUCUUUGCUUUGUAUGACCUAAUUUUAUGAAGUAAUUAUUUCUUAUGGCUGACCGCGGAGACUAUGGAAACGGAGAAAACUAAAGAAUUCAUUCUUAACUGUUAACACGCAGCAAUAUUAGAUUUCAUAGGAUCUGAGGGGGCCUUUGAAACUUAAAAAAUGCACAAAACAGCUGUACGAUUUUAAAUAGCCAUUCUUCCUUUCACCCAUUUACAGCUUGUGGAUAUAAAAUCUCACGUUACUUGGUAGGUUGUUUUUUUUUAAUGACUCCCAAUUUUUUACCAGGUAAUUAAUUCUUAUUUUAAUACAUUUUAUGCCUAUCUGACUUCGAGUUUGAACCACAUUAAAUUUCACCAGUAACUUUACUUUUACAAGUGACAGACUGGGAUAAUGUGAUCUGCAGGUUCACAUAAUUAUUUCUUCUUUGUAUUAAGGGCCCAUUAUUUAGUGAUCAUUCUGGCUUCUGUAUAUUUAUUGAUAUCUAUAGCCGAUACAUGUCUGCAAAAGUGACUGCAGUUUGCAAUUAACGUCAGUCAUCUACUGUUUACCUUCAGUUCCAUUUUUUACCGCCAGCUUAACUCAAUUCCACUGAACACGCUAUACAAGUAGCUUUUGUAUAAAUUAUAUAUUAUAUAUACUGUAUUUUUAUUUAUUUACUAUCAAGAUACUUUCUUCUAUGAUUUGAGACGAUAUUGUACGAUUUUAGGAGUUUGGGGUAAACAGUUCUGAUUAUGGCUGUCUUUUCAGGGAUAAUAAUUUAUAAAUUCCAUUGACAUUUAUUGCAUUACUUGCUCUGUUUUUCAGGGGUAAAUUGAAACUACAGUAUAUACUCGCUUAUGAGCCGAAUUUAGAACUAUAAAAUACAAUACUGAAAUCAGGGGGUCGGCUUAUAUGCGCAUAAAACAAAAUAAGGACAGACACUAAUGCCAAUUUUCCAGCCACACAUUUUCAUCGUUAUCUGACACUUUAUUUGGUUGUGUGUGCAGAGUACUAAUAUAUAUAUAUACAGAAGUGACACUUCAAAGAAUUUAAUGUAUGCAUAGCUGAUAAUUAUACUGAGUGUGAAUAUUACCAUGGAGAAUUCAUUUUCAAAGUCAAAAAUGGGAUAAAAUUAAGAAAAAAUACUUUAAAAAACAGAAAAUGUUUCUAUAUUUAUGGUUUCCUAACUAAUACUCUUAUACGCAAAUGCAUAGAAUAAAGUGAGAGUGACACGGCCUUGUGGUUGUGUGUGCACCAGUGGCGUGCCGUAAUUGAGAUAGAGCUAGCGGUGAAGCAGACGUCAUCGGUACACAGUCUGAUUUCUUAGAAAUAACACGCUCAAACGAAGGCGGUUGUAAGGGAAUCUCCUUAAAUCACAUGCAUAGGCACGAAGAGGGGAAACAGAGGCAGCCAGUUGGUAGGCAGCGCAGCGCGUGGGAAGGGGGACAAGGUCGCGUGGCUUAUAGGGGAAUCGCAAAGCAACGGGAAACCAAUGGGGCAGGCGUGAGCACGCAGCCACAGAAUUUAAAAGUGGGCUGAACUUUGAUAAUUUUAGUUGUAAAAUUAUUUGUGCAUUACACCAUGCCUGGAAAAAAAGAAAACGUUUGUCCCAUACUGCUGACUUCUAGCUAAAAGUGAUAAAGGCCACUGAAGAAACGAGCAACCUGGAGGCAGCAAGAAAGUUUGGUGUAGAUGAAAGCAAUGUCAGACGAUGGAAAAAGGAUACAUCACUGGAUAUUGCACCUAAGGCCGAACGUGCGAACUGGGGACCAAAACAUUGACAGUACCCAGAAAUGGAGAGGGAGAUCUUGGAGUAGUUUGAAGCCCAAAGACAAAAGAGAUAUGGAAUGUCUCAGCUAGGUGUUCGUUUGCAAGCCCUCAAGAUUGCACAAUAUGAAGGGUUCACUGCUUCCACAUGUUGGUGUACACAUUUUCUGAACAGACACUAUACGUUUGAGACAGAGAACGAAAAUUGUACAAAAAUUGCCAUCACAAUAUGAACAUAAACUUUUGGAUUUUCAAAAAGUAUGUUAUUGAUGAAAGAAAGGCUGGUGACUUCCUUCUCUGGAGAAUUGGCAACAUGGAUGAGACACCCAUGUGCUUUGACAUGCCCAGUUACACUCAAUAAAAAGGGUGAACAAAAUGUGCUGAUCAAGACGACUGGGCAUGAGAAGACUCGUUUCACUGAGGUAUUGGCCUGUACUGCAGAUUGGGGAAAAUUACCUCCAAUGGUAAUAUUCAAGAGAAAGACUCCCCCAAAGGAUCAAUUCCCCAGUGGUGUGAUCAUCCAUCAACACCCAAAAGGAUGGAUGGAUGAAGAAGGAGUGAAGAAAUGGCUCGAUCAAGUGUGGGUGAGGAGAAACAGAGGCCAGUUGAAGAAACCUUCUCUGCUAGUCUGGGACCAAUUCAAGGCCCAUCUAAUAGAGAAGGUAAAGAGGAAGCUCAAUAAGGAAAAGACAAGUCAAGCGGUCAUACCCGGAGGCUUGACUGGCAUGCUGCAACCUCUGGAUGUUGGCCUAAACAAGCCAUUCAAGACAAAGAUUAGAAACCUGUGGAAACUAUGGGUGGCGGAAGGCAAAGCUAAGUUUACUGCUAAAGGCAAUUUCAAGCGACCUUCCUUGCCUACAGUUGUGUUGUGGGUGAAGACAGCAUGGGAUGAGAUUCCUGCAGAAAUGGAACAAAAGUCAUUUCUGAAAUGCAGCAUCAGCAACAAAUUAGAUGGCACUGAAGACGACUACCUGUGGCAGUAGGAGACUCAGGAAACAGCCUCAGACAGCGAAGAUGAUGCAGAACCAGAGGAUGCAGAUGAGGUACUGUGGGAUGAGGUAAAUGUUCAGUACACAGAAGAGGAAUGGAGAAAGCUGUUUAGGGAGUCUGACGAUGAUAGUGACAAUAAUUUUGAAGGUUUCUAAUUAUUUGUAAGAACGCUACGGUAAAUUAUAAACAGAAAUGUGAUAGUUUUUUGUGAAUAAAUAAAACACAACAAAAGAAUUUUCAUCUUUAUUCAUUUCAAAAUGUAUAAUUUUGUCUAAAUAUAUAACUUCGUUAAUCAUUAGUAAUGAACAACUUAUGAGCGGAAGUUCAGAUAUUAUUAUAGCAAACGAUGUGGAAAGAGCAGAACACUUUUUUGUGUCAUUCCAAAAGGUAAACAAACUGGUAUGUAACAUAAAAGUAAGCAUUUUACAUCUUUACAGUAACAAAUUUCUAUGAACCAAAAAUAUGGAGUAAAAUUAGACAAUUGUAUGGUCGGCUUAUAUGUGGAUUUUUUUGAAAAAACUGGCCAUUUUAAAGCAGUAGUAGGGGGUCUGCUUAUAUGCGAUGUAGGCUUACAUGCGAGUAUAUACGGUGUAUAGCAAUUUUGUGAUGUUAAUUGUGGUUUGAGAUAAGAUAUUUGAGCAACAAAAUAAAAAAUGAAUGUGUGACGCUUAGUUUUAUAAUCUAGCAAUUUGUUACAGUAAAUAACAUUGUUUAACCCUUUCCGUCGCAACAUAUUGUAUACCCUGUCCUUAGUGCAGAGGCGUAGCGAGGGUGUUUGGCACCCGGGGACAAGAUUCAUUUUAAAGUGCCCCUUUUUCUUUUUUUCAACUCUCAAACCCAUUAUUUUCAUCAAUAAAAUAAUAUCAAAGAACAUUUCGGCGCCCCUAAUUAGCUGGCGCCCUGCCACCCCCUCGCUACGCCUCUGCCUUAGUGACUGGGUGUAGCACACCCGUACAUUUAUUAUAAUAGGGAAAAGUGUUUAUGUAGAUUCCUGGCAACUGUGUGGGUUACACCAAUAUUCUUAUAUCACAGUAAAUCAUCAUCAUUGGCACUACAGCCCACUUAGCACCCUGGCCUACUUCACCACAUCCUUCCAUUCGGAUCGAUCCAUGGCUUUUCGCCUCCUCCCAACUGGUUUAAAUCCUUCUCUACAUCAUCAAUCCAUCUCAUUUUUGGUCGACCGGUUAGCCAUCUGCCCCUAGGCUUCGCCCUGUAUAUCACUAUUUACUGCUCUUCAAUCCGGCAUCCUUUCAAUAUGUCCUGCUCUGCUUUUUUUUUUUUAUAGUUUCGACUAUGGAUGGGUCUUUGUACAAUAAUUGUUAUAGCUUUUGGUUUUUACCGAUUCUCUAGACAUCAUUGUCUAUCACUGGGCCAUAUAUUUUCCUGAGGAUUUUCCUCUCCCAUUUAUUGAGCAGGUUCUCUGCUUUUCUGUUUUCUAGUAAGGUACUAAGUCUCACUAUCGUAAUUUACUACUGGUCUUAUGAUAGUGAUGUAUAUUGUCUUCUUUGUUCCCUUUGAGAGGUUUUUGCUUCCCAAUAGCUUUUUUAGGCUGAAAUAGAAUUGGUUGCCUACUAUUAUCCUUUCUUUCACCUCCGACAUUAUUUCAUUGUGCUCUUUUGGGGUCACCACUAGGUAAAAGCCACUCUCUCAAAUUUGUGGGUUUUUUAUAUUGAUGUCAUCAGUGUGGGUGUUUUGUGACAUUAUCAUAUAUUUUGUCUUAGCUUCAUUUACAUCAAGACCAGCUUUGACUAAGGCAUUUUAAAGUUCCUAGAAUGCUAUUAUUAUGUCAUUUCCAUAUCUGCCAAGUAGCACUAUAUUGUCUGCGCAUGACAGGUAACGCAAUGGCUGGCUAAUGAUGAUUGUUGUUCUGUAAUACCUCUCUAUCAAAGUAAACUCUCUUUGUUAUUUUAUUUUUACAAUGUGGCAUGAUUUAGUUGGUUUGAAACCAAACUUCCUUCACAGAUUGUGUAGCUUCUCCCACUGAAGCAUUUCUUCUGUACAUUAAUGAAAAAAUUGAUACAAACAAUAGUUGACUGCACCAACAGGGAAGGGGAGAAAGUAAAAGGAGACAAAUUGCAAAGGAAUGAUGCGUUUUAAAUGAAAGCUUCUUUGGCUGCCUACUACACACUGGCACUCUUCACCCGAAUAGCAUUUCAGUGGAAUUUUAAUUCAUCCAUGGUGUUGAAAAUCCUCUUUUUAGGGCAGCAUUUUCAAUGAAGAGAUUAAGAAAACUUCUUAUUCAUAUUGCUUUGACAAGAAUGCUAGACCAAUACUUUCUGGCUCAUGAAAUCUUUGAUCCCAUAAGAGAUGCAUCCGAAGCAUUCCUGAGUAUUUGGCCAGGUAUUAUGUUCCUUGAAAAGAACAUCACAGUAGGUGAACAGCUAGUUGGUUUCAGAGGUGGGUGCAGAUUUAUUCAAUUUAUGCCAAGCAAGCCCGGCAAAUAUGGAAUAAAAAUUCCCUGCCAGCAAAGAGAAAUGUUGGAAUAUCCCAAGAGACUGUGAUUGCAGCAAGAGAGGCAUUUCAAUAUAAAUGUCAGAUCAACUCACAGUCUCGUGGAGACAGCAGUCAGUAUUGGCGUUGCACGUUUUCUCAUCCUUCCCCAAGUAGAGUUGAUCCAUCCCGAUUCAUCAAGACAUUGUAAGGCAGAACAUCGCAAGUGUUUUAAAAUCUUUACAAGCACUUCAAACAGGCCCCCAAACCACUUUAACUAAGCAAGUUUACUAGACAUUUGCAUGGAAACAUUCUGUUCUUUUAUGUAUAAACUGUGGAAGCUGAACUGCAAAGCCCCUAUUUUUCAUGUGUACAUGAUGUGGCUGUUACGUUUUGAAAUGGUUUGUCAAGUUGAAUACAUGUUAUCAUUGUUGCAUUCAGAAUAUUUAUUUAUUGUCAAAAUUUUAAAUCUAUUUAUGGAUUACACAGACUCAAAUAAUCUACAAACAACAACCAAAAAUUAAUGUUCACAAGUCAGUUUAGAUGGUUUUUUUCUUCUAUUAAAUAAUGCAUGGGUGUGAUACACCAAGUUGCUAGGGACUGUAGAAAAAAAAGAUUAGGCCCCAAAAAAUAAGUCACUUUCGCAAUCUUCAUACAAUUGCAUCCACCAAGGUGUUCAUUGCAUCUAUCUUGUGGAUUAAAUAGAGUAUGAGAAAGAUUAUUAAAAGGAGACUCGAGAUAUCAGCAAUGACAGUCUGUCUGCUGGUGUAUUACACUCAAUUGCGUCAGAAAGGGUUAAAUAAUUUAGGCAGAAAUUAAAGAAAAUAAUUCCAAACUUUAUCCACAUACCUGAUAGUCAUUGAGUAAGAAAACAUGUUACUUUUUUGUUAGGCAGGGGGGAAAAGGAUGAUACCGGUAAAUGGUCAACUCAAAAACUGUGUAAAGAUGGGUGACAUUUAUUUACUUGUUAAUUUGAAUACAAGAAUCUAUACUUCUACAGUUAGCACAAUUAGUCAUGAUCCAGACCAGGUUAUAAUGGAGUUUCCAAAAUAGUACAAUUAUAGUCUCAGAAUAUUGCUUUACCAUCUCAAGAUUGUACUUGAAAAUAAAGUAACUUACAGUAUAAUGGUAUACAAUUACUGUUUGCAUCACAUGUCUAAUAAAAGUUACUUUUCAAAGAAGAUGGAUAAAGUUUAUGUUUAUUGCAAAUAAAAAGGUGCCACUUUGAUAAAGAAAGACAUGUUGGGGGAGUGGAAGUUGAGCUUCCUUCCCAGAAUUUUCUUACAAAUUUAAAAUGUGGGAAUUCACUUUCAUGCAUAUACCUUAAUAUAGUUUUGCAUCAUCCUACACUUGAUGCUUUUGGGAAAUUAGGUUCCUUCUACGUAGCUAUUUUAAAUAAAUCCCUUUUUUUCUUUUCUUUUUUUUUUUGUUUUUAGGAGUUACUAAAUAGUAGUUUUAAUUGCUUUUUAAUUUCGUCUUUAAAUCUGUAAAGAAAAAAAAAGGGGGGGGGGGGGGGGAAAAUCAAAAAAAAAAAAAAAAAAAGGGGGGGGGGGGGGGGCAAAUGCACCAAAAUGGCACUUACCAUCACAAAAAGUGAUGCAUGUAUGUAUUUAAAAUGUGGAUUGAUGCCAAAAAUGAUAGAAGUAAUCUCUAAUUAAAUGAAAAAAUAAGUUCAAUAGUGAGAAAUCGGAUGGGCCACAAUAUUUAAAGUUUGGAGGCUGAUUUUAUUUUCAGUUAACAUAUUGUUUUUGUAUUCUAAUAAUGUUUAUUCACAGCCGGGUGUAUAAAGGAGCUAUUACUAACUACCGAAAAUGUUUUAUUUAUUUAUUUAAUUUUUUUAUAUCGCAAAAACCACUGGAAUAUAUUUUUUUACCUGGUCUCAUAAAAUCAUAGUUCUGACAGUUCUCGGCAUUCACUCGUAAACUCAUCUCAAAAUUAUACAUUGUAAACCAUUAUCGUAAGAGUAAACAGGUCUGAUGAUCUGAGUCCAUGUUUUAAGAAAUUGCUAUUGAUCAAUAUAAAAAACAAAAAAAAACCCAAAGAAACUUAACAUUCUUAACUUUUCAUAAAAAUUUAACUUAAAACAAGCCAUAUGAAUUAAAAGUUGUGAUAAUCUAGUUUGAAAGAAUGUUAAUGAAGUGGAAAUUAUUCAUGCAUUUUUCUUGUUGCUAUGAGUGGAUUUUAGGGUUAAAAUCUGGUGAUAGUCUUCGGCGACAUGUGGAUACAGUGUUAAGGACAAAAAUAAAAUAUUAAUACUUAGCUAUUACCAUAGAAUGCUCAAGACCAUGAUUGGCAAAAGUUAGCCAGUUUUUGUAAGGCGAUCCAAAGCUUUCAUUUUUACAGUACUAUUUAUUUUGAAAUUUGUAUGACACUUGAGUUUUUAAUACAUUUAGAUUUCUUUGUUUUUACUUGUUUUUGUCUUAAGUUCGAGAGUUCAACAUACCUUGUUCAAAAUUUUCCAUCACACAGCUAUAUUAUAGUUUUCAUAUACUAGAAAUAUGAAUUAAGAUAAUAAAUGUGGUCGCAUGGUAAAAGCAAAAUUUAUUGCUCACAACAGCAAUCGACUAUUUAAAACAAGCAAUUAAAUACAUACCUUACCCAAUAUUUAAUGUAUUUCACUGUUUCAAUUUCUUUUAAAGGGCAAAUGAACAAACCAAACCUGCCAAAUCAGCAAGUGCCAAAAGUGAUACCAAAUCAGACUCCUAGCAGUCAUAUGAGUAAUCUUUUGGGUAACAUACCAGUCACUCAAGUACCACAAACUAUUCAACCCCAAAGUGGAAGUCAACUAGCCACUUCAACGGCACAAGCUGCGGCUAUGGGAAAUGCUCCAGAUAUUGUUAAAUCUAUACCAGCCAGUAACAGAAAGGAUUGGCAUGCGCAAGUCACUCAAGACCUGAGAAAUCAUUUAGUUCACAAAUUGUAAGUAUCAAUUAUCAAUUAAUCUGUUAGCUAACCAAAUUUGAAUGUUUUGUGUGCCGAGAGUUUUUGGCAAAAAAAAAGUUCAUACCCUAAAAAUUGUAUAGGCAUAAAUUAUUAAAAGAUAUUUUUAAAAUGCUAGUAAAUAGCAAGCAAAUAUAAAUAUAUAUUUUAUUUAUAUAUAUAUUUUAUUUAUAUAUAUAUAUAUAUAUAUAUAAUAUAUAUACCAAGCUUCCAGUAUUUUUUGUUACAACUUUGACAUGGGCCAUAGAAUAUAAUAUGAAAAAUGAAAGUUACAGGUCUUCCAGUUGUAGUUAAUAAAAAAUCAAUCCUUAAGAUUAUCCAUCAAUUUUCUAUGUUAUCUUUAUAACGAAAAAAAAAAAAGAAAGAAACAUGGUACACACAAAUUACAAAAGUACCUUAUGAGAUCAUGUUUUACCUCUUUUUUUCUUGCAUUAAAAAACAGAAAAAUAUGGGUUAAGUCUUCACUUAAUUUAAAAUAAUUUUCCUUUAAAAUGUCUCUCCCGCCAAAAAUCUUUUAGCAUUUGUAAAAAAAAUGAUUCAGCAUUUGUAGCUUAAGUAGGGAUAAGAUGCAGAUUAUAGCAUGUACAAUUAUGCAGACCAUUAUAUGAAAUUGACUUUUUAUUGGUCAUUAUGACAAUAACUUUUUUGUAGGGAAAAUAUAACUCAGCUUGUUUCUCAUGCUUCUUUUGAUAUGUGCAGUUAUGAAAUUUGGGAUAAAGACAUUUCAACUAAUUUUUGUAUGCUUACUAUGUAGCAGUACUAUGUAACUACUACCCUCAGGCCCCAUUUUUAAUUAUAUAUAUAUAUACAACAUAUUUCAAGGAAUCGAGUACUAAAAGAGUGUCAUGGGUUGUCAUUUAAAUAUAGAAAAUAAUUUUUACACAAUUUCUACACGGUAAUUGUAUGCAUGCAUAUAUAGUAAUUGUGUGUAAAGUCGACCUUGAAAAAAAUCAAAUAUCAUCUUUGCAUUAGGCUUAGACUAUCUUUCAUAUUUUUGUGUCAUCUUUACAUAAGGAUAUCUUUCAUAAUUAAAUUAACCCUCGAACUGUGGUGUGGAGCUUUUCAGAGCUUUUUGAGUGCCUUUUGAAAUUACAUUAAAUGACAUAGAAAUAUUGAUACAAGACCCCAAUAAGUAUAUAUUUUUAGAAAGGUAAAUGGAUGGGAAUAAAGUUGGCCAUAUUGCCCACCUCGUAAAAAGAAUUUUGGGCAGUGUCCUUGGCCUUGGAGUUCUCAAGAAAAUAAAAAUUGACAUAAUGUCUUGCUUUCAAGUGCUCAUGACAUCAUUAAUUUUUAUAGAUACACUUAAAACACAAAUCUAAAUGUUGUAACCAAUUUAUUUAUCUAUCAGAAAAUGUAUAGUUCGCUAAGGUUUUAAUUGCCAAUACACAUCUGAAAGCAAUUUUAAUAAUUUUUGGUCAUUUAUAUAAGAAACUGGGACCACUGCUAAACCAAGUAAAAAAAAUACAAAAUCUCAGUCAAAAUAGUUAUUAUUGACUAGUAAACAUUUAAAAAGGAACUGUGAAACCGAUUUGGGUUGUUAAACUAUAAAAUUUAUUAGUUCUGAUCUAUAAUCUGUAGCUUCUGUGACUAAAAUUCAGUCAGUCCUUGCCCAACCUCCAGGCCUGGCUCAAAGUAAAACAGAGGCUUCAGUAGGCUUACUUCAGUAUCACUAAGACUAGUAUCAGAUUCACGAAAGAAGAAUCUGAAGUGAGAAAUCAUGGGGAAUGUUAAAAUCAUCAUCAGUAUCACUUAAAUCCUCUCCUAAAAAGAUUUUAAAAAUAUUUAUAUUAGUUCUCACGCUGAAGGCCCGGCCAAAGCUUCCGCUAUUUUUGCUUUAAAAAAAACAGCAAUAUAAAAUUCAUGGGGAAUGUUAAAAUCAUCAUCAGUAUCACUUAAAUCCUCUCCUAAAAAGAUUUAAAAAAUAUUUAUAUUAGUUCUCACGCUGAAGGCCCGGCCAAAGCUUCCGCUAUUUUUGCUUUAAAAAAAACAGCAAUAUAAAUUUCCGAUUAAAAUGCACUUAUUGUUAAGUUAUCAAGAAACAGCUUACCCGGAAGUUGAUUUAAUUAUUAAUAAAAGGAAAUGGCUACGAUUUCGGUUAAAUAUUGGAUUGGAAGUUCCUAUCGGCCCGUGUUUUUUAUCGGCCGCCGCAGCACAGAAUGAGAAUAUCGGCCGACCACAGUUCGAGGGUUAAGCUACUGGUAAUCCUAAGACAAUCUUAAAAACCAAAUGUGACGUAUGGUUUGCAGUAAAUGUGUUCCUUCCUGAAAAUUCUAUAUAUUUUAAAAAAAUCUUUGUUAUCUAAAGGCUACAUACAACAUGUAAUAAUUAACAUAAAAUGUACUGAUUUGUGUGCCAAUAAAUUUAAGCAAAAUUAACAGUGUUUAUUAAGUGACAUGAUUUUUUUUAUUAAUGUCAUGUUGUGGGGGGGGGGGGGAUUAUAAUUUUAAAAUAUUUUUUACAAAGUGUUAUCCUUUUUUUAAAAAAUGUUUUUUUGGGGGGGGGGGGGGGGAUUAUAAUUUUAAAAUAUUUUUUACAAAGUGUAAUCCUUUUUUUAAAAAAUGUUUUUCCUUAUAAUUGUAGGGUUCAAGCCAUUUUCCCAACACCAGACCCAGCAGCUCUUCGUGACAGUAGAAUGAAGAAUCUUGUUGCUUAUGCUCGAAAAGUAGAAGGAGACAUGUAUGAAACUGCUAACAAUAGAGUAAGAAUUCAAAAAAUUUUGUACAUUAUUUUUAUACUUCUAUUAAGCUGUUGAGUCCUACUCGCAUAUUCCUGUUAUAAUAGAGAGAAAUUAUAAAGUACAUGAAAACAAAUUUAACAGGAUGAUAACUUUGUUUUCAUAGAAUUGCCUAACUUAAAGUUAUAUGUUACUAUGAGUUGGAAUGUAAGUGAUGUUUUGAGGUGGUAUAGUUUCAAGACUAAGAUAGAGUUAUUACAUACUUACAAAAUAUUAAAAAGUACAUUUUCAGUUGUUAUUUAACUGGAAUUCUGCAUCCAGUGGUGAAUGGAUCAAGAAAUAUAAUUGGUUGGGGGCCAUCUAGAUUAUAUUGCCUUUCUCUCGAGAGAGGAAUGGGGUGGUGUUGAUGUAGGAGAUUUUGUGUACUUGUGGAGGUGGGGGAAUGUUUAAGUCUAUAAAUUAACAUGGCCCCAUUUUCGUAAUGAUAGCUGUGAUGGUCAAAUUGUUGCUUUGUGUUUUCGUAAUGACCUAAUUAGACAAGGCAACAGUAAUAUUAGCAAAGUCGCCUAGUGAAAAUUUAAGUCAAUCCUUUCGUUUGUUUGCUUCGGUACUAUUUGAUGAAUUUUUUUUUACAUAAUUAUUUCCUUCUGCUGAACCGCAGCCAGUGCAGAAAUGGAGAAAACUGGAUUAUAAAAAAAAUGCUUUCUAUAAAAAUUGCUCCCCACAACGGCAUUAGAUUUUCAUUUAUAUAAGAUCUAGCAAUCAGCAUUUGAAAUCUAUUUUAGCAGUCACUAAGCAAUGUACAAUUUUAAUAAAAAUGAUUGAAAUAAGAAAUCUCAGAUCUGAAAUAAAAGUAUACAACUAUUUUACUAUUUAGUAACUACUAAAACUUAAGGAUUUUAAAAAAACAGCAAGGUGAGGGGAGCCUAAUUUACUACAAGCUCUACGAUUAAGUGUAGAAUGCGGAAAAACUAUAUUCAUGUCUGCACAAAACCCCAACCCCCCACCCUCGGAUGACUUUAUCUUUAAUUUCCACCCACCCCACACCCUAUCUUCGACAAUUACAGGCAAUACUUUGCAAAUAAGCACUGUAUAUAAGUAUGUUAACAUCUGUCAUCUAUUUUAUAGAAGUGAAGCAAGUGGUUAUUGUAUACAUUUUGCUGCAUGAUAGGUUUUUGGGGGAUUUUGAGAUAGCUACAGAUAUUGUUAAUAUUUUGGGCAUUCCAUGGUAGCCAGGUCUGCAUUUAUAAGUUGAUUAGUAUAACAUGUAUAAAUUUUAGGGUUGUACUGAUUAUAGGCUGAUUAUAAUUUGUGAAUUAGCUGUUUUUGUCAGUUUCAUCAUUCGAACAUAAUCAUACUUUUACUCUCAUUUUCACACCAUAAUGCAUAGUAAACAAUGGUUUGAUUUAUCUGUAUCAGCUAGUUAAAUUGUAAUCUGCCAGUUUGCUACUGGUGCUACACUAAUUUUUAUGCAGCAAUUAAUUAGGUUUACAUGGUUCUUUAAUGGGAUUGUCCAGUUAAUUCUUUUAACUGAUUAACUACCAGAUUGAAAAACCCGCUGUGGCUGAAUUAAAGCUAUGCCACAUUCAAUACACUAAAACAUUGGCGCUGCUAGCAGCUCAUGGUCACAAGGGAAGAAACGCAGAGCCGCUCCCACCGGCUCAUGGUAGUUAACCAGUUAAGUGAAAAAAACAAAUAAUUGUAGAAUCUGACCGAUAGAACAUUUUUUUUAUAGCUCUCUUUUAUUUUUUUAAAUAGGGAGAAUAUUAUCAUUUGCUUGCUGAAAAAAUUUACAAGAUACAAAAGGAGCUUGAAGAAAAGAGGAUCCAAAGAAUGAGAGGUACACAAACUGCUCCAAAUGCUACAGUUGCAAGUAUGCAGGGACCAAUUCGACCAGGACAGCCAAGUAAGUCCUCACAUAUUGUUUUAUUUAUUUUUGUGCUAUUAUGCAGUUAUGAAAAUUUUUGCUUAUUUUAAAGGUUAUUUUUGUGUGUGUUUUUUUUACAUUUUAAAAUCCUUAAAGAAUAAAUCCUUGUUCCAAAAUUAAACACUACAGAAGUCUGUUAAAAAUUUAAUGACAUAUAUAUCAACAAUUACAUUAUAUUAUUAUUUAAAUAAUACCAACCAGGGGAAAAUGUCAAUUUUUCUUGUUUUUUUUGCCAUUUUUGUUCUCCCUCAUUAGGUACUUUUACAAUCUAGAUAGUUGUUCAAUGAAGAAAAGAUCAGUAAUAACGCGAUAUACCAUUGGAUAAAAAAGAAGUGUUUAGUCCUAAAUUAAAAUGUUAAUUAUAUCCAUCAAUGACAUCCAUUUGCAACACAAAUUUCAAGCAAUUUUACCAUUAUUUGUAUUAUGCCACUUUUAAAAAUACUUCAUAAAUUGUAAAAAAAUAUACUGAAUUUUUAAAUAAUUAAGAAAACAAGGCAAGUAUUUCAUGAGAGAAAUACUAUUAUUAUUCGCAAAUGAUAUAAGUGGAGACAAAUAAUUUUUAUUCGUUUUUAUUAAAAAAUAAACCACAUUGGAUACAAAUAAACAUAUAUUGGUAUGAAAUUUGAUAACUUCUGUUUUACAGAAAACUCAUUUAUUUAACAAUGGUAGCACAUUGCAUUAAGUCAUACAUUUUCUAUUUUAUAAAUCUAAUAAAAGAUUUCUUUUACAUUAUAACUUUACUGUAACCAUUGCAGUUUUAACAACAUGCUAUUACUGACUUAAUAAUCAUUCAUAUAGCUGCAUCUGAAACAUGGGCAUUGUCAAUAAAGUUUGUCACCACCUGAUUAAUUCUAAUAAUGAACUAAAAAGACUAAAGCUAUCAGAUCUUUUUAAUUAUUCAAGACUUGCAUUUUGUUUUCUUCAGAUUAAAAUAAAUAUUACUAUAAGCCCAACACUAGAAAGUUAAUUAAAAUGAAAGAUUCUUACUAGUCUUUCCCCCUGCAGUUUUCUUUUACUAAUCAUAUUGUUGUCCAUAUUAUUUGUAUUUAUUCCAAAGCUAUCAUCUUUUAUCCACUAAGUUUAUCACAGUCAAAUCAACUAGCCACAAUAGUUGGAUUUAGCUUAACUUACUAUAACAAUGGGUGCUGGGUGGCUGAGUGGUCUAAACUGAGCAAAUCUCAAGUUGGUGGUCUGGAGUUCAAUUCCAGCAAGAGCAAAAAAAACACCACCAGCACCACGGGUAGAUGGGACUCGUUAACCUUGGACGGCAACUCAUCUAAGAGAAGGAAACUCUAAAAUCAAAACCCGGAGAUGGAGUCUCCGAAAGGCGGAUAACAUUGAUACAAUGAAACAUUCCGACAACUCCUGCGACGUCACUGGUGCCAAGCUGUAUCAUCCAAUGAUGUUCCCUUGGGUUACCCAGCGGCGUGGAGAGUGGCGAUUUGCUGUUGGAUUUCGUCCUCCGAAGCCCACUCCAUCGUCACAUUGUGACGGACGGAUGCCAGCAAAAAAAAAAAAAAAAAAACUAUAACAAUAAAACCAUUUAUACUGUUUAGAUAUUGAAUUUGCCAGGACCAAUGGUUCAUUUACAGUUAUGUUGUUCAUACAUUUAUGAAAUGAGUGCUCAUUUAUUAAAUGAGUAUGUCUUUCCUCACCUGCUUCUUUUGAUUAUUUAUUUGUUUUGGACAGGUUUCAGUAGUUUGAAAGUGCUGACCCAGUAAAGCUAUAUGUCCUAAUCAUAACUAGAUCACGCUAAUACAGUCUGUACAAAGCCGUGGCUAACCCUAACCUAGUCACCCACUCUUAUGCUGUGAAAUUAUGAUUAAAUAUAAGCAUUACAUAUAGACUUAGAUCUUAAAAUUUAAAAAAAAAUGAACUAAACUAAAUGCAAUAUUCAAAUAAAAGUAAUAAAAAUUCAAAAUUAAAAGCUGUUUUUAAUCCAGAAUAAAUUAUAGGCCGAAAAUGUAUUGCCUCUUCAAAGAGUAUCCAAAGUCAAACAAAAGAAAUGUUUAAACAACUAUGACUGAAAAAAAUUUAAUAAUAAAAUAUACACUAGAAAUACUGAAAUAAUAAAUUACUAUACAUAAGCUUAAAUACUUAAUUUCAAUAAUUAUGAAGUCCACUGUUACAAUAUAUUAAUGUAAACAUAGUUUUUUGCCAAAUUCCAAAACAUUUGAGUGCGUUUUGACCGGCCAUAGCAAAGAAAAAAUCUUAAGCUGAUAUCGAACUUUCUGUCGGGCGAAAAUACAUUAAAUUAUCAGCAUUCAUGUCUUCUCCUUUUUUUAUCGGGCUAGUAUCAAUUUUUGAUUUAAAAUAUAACAAAUGAAAACUCUGGAAGAUAAAUAUGGAGCCUAUUUGUCACAUUUUGUGCAACAAGCCUCCAGUGAAGUUUCACAGGAUUGGCAAUAUGGCGGAUGAAAAUGGCGUCAUGAACAAAAACCGAAACACGAUGAAGAGUAAAUUUUUCCAAAUUAAAAAUCUAAAUUUUCACUUAAAAUAUUGAUAAAAUAAAAAAAAAAUUAUCCAAAUAAAUUAUAUUUGCAUAUUAAAAAUAACUUUUGUAGGUAAAAAGUUGAGAAGAAAAAAUCAAUUUAUAAUCCGUCAAUCACUUAAGAUAAUGUACUUUGAGAGUUAAGACAAAUUUUUGUCUUCGAAUUCACCAUUUUUUAUAUAGUAAAAGUUACACAUCCUGUAAGAAUAAAGUUUGGCACAUUCUGGAGAUUAAACUUCGACUUCUUUUUCAGAUGGACCUAACAAUGCUCAGCUUGGUAAUUCCCUGUUCAGUGAUAUGAACAGUAUGCAGCAACCUCAACCACAAACUCAAAACAUACCAAUGCAAAUGAAGUGGAAUCAGAAUAUGAGGGCGACACCACCACCGGCGGGGCAGGUGAGUUAUGCAUUUAUGUUGUAGGGAAAAUUAUGAUUUUAAAAAUGUUUUAUAUUUUUAUUUUCUAGUUUAAAGCCAACGGUUCCUGCUGUCUAUUACAUUUCAUUUUUUUUCUUCUUUUAGAUGCCUGGUAUUGCAAACUCAACUGCAAUAUCUAUAAAUGCAGCUUUAGCGGAAUCCCAGCAACAGUUUGAUGCUCUUGUUAAACGAAGUCAGCCACAACAACCACCUGGAAAUAGGCUAAUGAUACCCUCUGCCACUGUCACAUCCACCCACCCCUCACCUCAGCAGCAGCAACUUCUUCAUCACCAGCUCAAUUCUCAGUCCCAGGGUCAACAGGUAAAUCUUUAACAGUUAAUUUAAAAUGAUAAACCACUAAAAUUCAUAUUUAAUAUAAUGUCAAGCCGUAUUGAGAAAUUUCUUUCCUUGCUAAGUUUUUUCUUAUAGCCUUCCCUUUUUUAACUGAAUCUGAGAGCAUUCUUAAGUGUAACUUUUUAGCUUGGUAAAGUUGCUAUUGUGUCAAAGAUAAUUUUUAAAAUCCUGAUCGAGUUAAAGACAUGUUUACUCUUAAUGUACGAUUUUGAGGUGUAGACCUAUACAUUAUAUAUACUCCACGUUUUUUUUUCUUUCUAUAAAGACAGUGUAUUGAUACGAUUGAUGAUAUUGUACGAUUUAAAGAGUUUGAGGGUAAACUGCUCUGGAGUUAUAUUGAAGUAUUAAGUUUGAAACUUCUUAUAUGAAUAAUGUAAUAAUAAAUUUGUUGGUUUUGUUCAAAGUAUUUUUACAAAUUUGUAAAAGUCAUAAACUUUUUAUUUUCAAUGAAAUUUUUUUUUUUUUUUUCUCAGCCACAGUCUAUUGUUCAAAACCACUUAAAUGCCUCCUUAAAUGACCCCCUCAUUGGUGGAAACCAGCGAAUGGGUGCAUCAUCUAUUGGAAACUCUUUAGAAAAUUCAGUUUCAAGUCAUGUCACAAAUCAACAAAAUUUCCUUGCCCAGUUAGCUGGACCAGCUGCUCCAGGGCCUGCUAUGAAUCAGUCAUCUCAUAUUUCUAUUUCUCGGCCUCUGCAACAAAAUGGCCAGAUAUCAUCCAAAGAUCUAAAUGUAAUUACAGUUUUAUCUUUAAAUGAGUUGUUUUUUUUUUCCUAGAAAAUAAUUAAAAUAGUAUAAGCAUUUGAUAAAAAAAAAUUAAAAUUAAAUGGAUAUGUAAGUCCCUAUACAUUUUUUAUAUGAAUUUUAUUAAUGCUUUUAUGUAUUCUGAAAUAUAUUCCAUCAGAUCGCACAGAUUAUAUAUAGUUUCUAUUUAAAUUUGUCAUCAUUUUUUUUUAAACAGAAUGAUCACUCUCAAGGAUCUGAUGAUAUGAAACCAGACUGUGCAGCUAAAGAUUCACUUUUAACUGAAAACAAUCAUAAUUUGUCUAGUCUUCUUUCUGCCGCAUCUCCUUCAACGUUAUCCCUAUCUUCGGUGACACCACCAAUACUUCCAUUGCUUAAUUCAACCUCAUCUGGCAUGUCUUCCAUAUUGAGCUCAACAACACCAAAGACAGAAGUAAAAACUGAGCCCUCUGCAGAUAUAAAGGCAGAAAAUGACAUAAAAGAAGAAAAAAUGGAUGUGAAAACAGAGACAGACUGUAAACCAGACAUUAGUUCAGUAAAAGAUGAACAUGAUACAUCUAGUCCUAAAUUGGAUACUCUAGAUGAAACUUCUCAACCAAGCAGCAGUGAAGAUAAACCAGCUUCAGUAGAUUCAUCUAAUAAUGCAUCAGCAGCAACACCAAAGCCAAGGUGCAAAAAAGGUGUGUUGGCAUUGCUUUACUGUCAUAUGAGAUAAUCUGUUAAUGAAUCAUUUAUUUCAAUUUUUUUUUUAAGAUGUAUUUGGGUAUUUAAAUCCCAGGAAAAAAGUUGUAAUAUAAUUCCCUAUAUAUGAAAGUGUAAAGGUGAGUUCAAGAGCAUGCAAAAUAAUCUACACUAAAUGAUUUCCUUAAAAUACUGUAAGUGCAUUUAAUGCGUAACAUAUUUAAAAAAAAUUUAAGUCUCAAUUUAAAUGUGAUGUAACAAAUCUGUGGUGUAAAAAGGGGGUAGGAUGUUGGAAUAUGGUUCAGGGGUGUGAAAUUUGGGGGGGGGGGGGGGGAUUAUAAUUUUAAAAUAUUUUUUACAAAGUGUAAUCCUUUUUUUAAAAAAUGUUUUUCCUUAUAAUUGUAGGGUUCAAGCCAUUUUCCCAACACCAGACCCAGCAGCUCUUGGGGGGGGGGGUGGGGGGGGCUUGGAAUUCUUAUAAAAUUCGUUACUUUAAUGCAUGUUUUGUCAAGUAAUUUUAGUUGAUGGGAAGUCAACCCAAUCGCCUCCAUCGUCUGACAUCAUUUGAAAAUAAUUGCUUAUUUUAAAGUAUUGUAAUUGUACUUUUUUUUUAUUUCUCAGUAUUCAAUCCUGAUGAGUUACGGCAAGCUCUUAUGCCAACUUUAGAAAAGCUUGUAAAGCAAGACCCAGAAUCUCUUCCUUUCAGGCAGCCAGUUGAUCCUGUUAUUCUUCAUAUUCCAGUAAGUUAAAUACACCAUCCAUUGUGAAGACACGACAAUAUUAUGGCAAGUGCUUGCCUGCAUUCUUUGUCGUAAAAAAUAAGCUCAUUUUACUUGAAGUAGGGCCUUUGAUUUAUUAGGAAAUAUCUUUGUAAAUUUUAUACCCCAAAUUAAAAAGUCACACUCAUAUUUCAAAUUUAUUUUUCUUCUCUCAGAGUGUGAUGUUUGGUAGGAGAACGAAAGGAUUAGUAUGUAGUUUUUCUUUUUUCAAGUAGUUGUGUAACUGUGUUAGUGUCAUACAACCAACUUCCAAGUCAAAGUACAUUUUUUUAAAAAAAUGGCACUUGUUAAAAGAAAAGGCUCAUGGGUCUGAAGUAUUGACUUAUCUCAGGGUCUUGCUUUUGAAAAAAAUCAUUUAAGUCACUUUGACACAUGAGAUGUUGGUUGUAUUUUGUUUGCUUGAUCAUUGUCAGAGUUACCAUAGACCUGAUUGUUUCUCAGCUUUUAAAAUGUUUAAUUUUAAAAAUUCUUUUUUGAAAAAUGUAUUCCUCAGGACUAUUUUGAAAUUGUUAAGAAGCCAAUGGAUUUAUCAACCAUUCGAAGGAAACUAGAUUCAGGGCUAUAUAAAGAUCCAUGGGAGUAUGUGGAUGAUGUCUGGUUGAUGUUUGAUAAUGCUUGGCUUUAUAACAGAAAAACAUCUCGUGUCUACAAAUAUGCUUCUAAGGUAAUUAUUACAACAAAGUGUACUUAAAUAAUGGGAGAGCAAGGAUUGCUGUACAAAGUAUUUUUAAACAAAAUUUACCUCAAUAUCCAUUCCACCUUAGUAAAAAAUCUAUUAAGAUUAUUAAGCAUAUUUUAUCAUUUAUUUGGCCAGAAUUUUUAUGUUAUUUUAACAAAGUGUUAUUCAUGCACUUAUUCCAGCUGGCAGAAGUAUUCGAGUCCGAGAUUGACAGUGUGAUGCAGUCAUUGGGUUAUUGCUGUGGGCGCAAAUAUGUUUUCUGUCCCCAAGUUUUAUGCUGCUAUGGAAAGCAGCUUUGCACUAUUGCCAGAGAUUCCAUGUAUUAUAGCUACCAAAAUCGGUACGGCAAAAUAAAUCACAAUCUUUUUAUGGAAUUCGUGAUAAAACAACUGUUUGUUUGCAAUUAAGAGUUGUUGUUUUUUUGUAAACUACCUUUUAUUUAGUGUUGGGAUUGCUAAAUAUAACUAUGGGUACACUGAAAAAGUGCCCUACUUAUUUUCUAGCUAUUCCAUACAUACAUCAAAUAUUACAGUAUUAAAAAAACAGCCACCUUUCGCUUGUUGUAUUCGCUAGUGUUGAUUAUUAAUUAUAUGAAAUAGUGCACACAUCAAAUUUUUAAAUCUGAUGGGGGGGGGGGGGGGGAUUUUAACAUAAACAAACAUCAAUUAAAACUUGGGAUUGUCUAUUUAAAUCAUUGUCCAAAAAUCAUGUAAUGUGUUGGUACUAAACUUUUAAUUCAUAAAUUGUUAAAUUGUGUUAUCAAAUUAUUGCAGAUAUGUCUAUUGUGAAAAAUGCUUCAAUGAAAUCCAAACUGAAGAAGUUGAAUUAACAGAAGACCCAACAGCACCUGCAGCGUAAGUUCUUGUGCCUUGUAUACUACUUUUAAAAAAUUUAUAAUGAGCUAUUUAUAUUGGAUGAUUAUAGAAAUUGUUUAGUAGGUGUACUGAAAUUUGUGGAUUUGCUCAGUUAACUUUUUUGUUGGCUGGACUGUUUUAUGUUUUCAAAAUGGGAUAAAAAUAAAAAUAAUACAUCCAUUUUACACACUGGGAAAAAAAAGUGAUAGUUAGCAUAAAUUUCAAGCAGUUAUAACAGAAUGCAUGUUAUACGCUUGUUAGUAUGCAUCAUCAUCAUAAUAAAAUUGUUAUGCUUUGUUUUUUGAUUGGUUAGACAUGGAAAAAUAUAAAAUAAUUUUUAGCUAAAAUUCUUUGUUGAAAAACAAUGUGUUAAUAUUCAUUGAUUUAGUACAACCUGAUGAAAUAACACCUUUAAAAUUGCAAUUCUAUAAAUUGAUUUUUGUGAAGAUUCUAAUAUUGCUAUCAUUAUUGUUUUUUAUUUAUUUUUUUUAUUAGAACGGAUGGAGACACUCUCACCAAUUUCUUAAAAAUGACAUGUCAAAGUACCAAUAAAGAAAGGCAAGUUUAUUUUAGUUAUAAAUGUUUAGAGUAAUGAUUCUAUUACUUUGUUAGUGAUGUCAAAUUUUUCAAGGUCAAUAUUUUGGAAAAUUUUAUGGCAAUUAUAAAUCUUAACUAAAUUUAUCUGUUACAAUAAAUUUGACAUUUAUAGCACAUGCUAAAUGGUUUAACUGUGUAAAUAUAUAUUUUAAAUAAUCAUGUGUAUAUUUGUGUAGUAUGUUAAUUGUCAUCAUAGCACAAGGAAAAUAAAUAAUACCACUUUUCUUCAACAGGAAAAUGCGAAAAGAUGUUUUUUCACUAUACAGGAAAAUUAGAAAAGACCAGUUUGACAGGGUGAAAAAUGAUCAGUUAGAUUAUGAACCGUAAGUUAUAUCUUUAUAAAAUAUAUUAUCUUUAUAAAAUAUAUAUGAAAACGUCUCUUGGCUUAAAAUAUAUUUAAUGGCUCAUUUACCAUUCCGUCCCACAUGCCGAACCUCCCUUUAAAACAUAACAGUGAAUACAUCGACUGAGUAUUAAUCCACAGAGUAUCUUGAAUUUUAGUGGUAAUUCAUCAAAGCUUCUCUCUAUUUAGUUUAACUAUUUUAUUCAUUUACAUUAUGUUAUCAAUCCAGGCAAAGCAUGAAUGAACUUGGCUAAGCCUUCCUUCUUGAUACUUUUACAGGAGUAGGAAUAGUUUCCCAGAGUUAUUUCUUCAACAUAAAUUCAAUAUUUUUUCAGAUUUGUUGAUUGUUUAGAAUGUGGUCGGAGAUGGCAUCAAAUUUGUGCCUUGUGGUUUGAAUCGAUCUGGCGUGAAGGGUAGGAAUAUUUUGUUUUAUCAUUGGUAAACUAAUUUGUCUUUAAUUUUGCAGGGUUUGUUUAUUCUUUGAGUUGUUUAAAUAAAUAAAUGAAUUUUUUAAAAAAAUAUACAUGUUUAAGACAUGUGGCUUUUAGUUUAUUAACUUUUAAAGAUAUUGCAGAAAUUUUUUAUAAACAAAGCCUUUUGCAAUAAUUUUGGUCAAUCUAUGAACUGAUCCAAAUCAUAAAUUGAUAUUAAAAUAUUAUUUAUAAUGGCUUGAACUUGAACAUUUAAGAGAUACAAAUAAUAUUUGUUUUAAAUACAGAGUUAUUUUAUAUAUGCAUCGUUUUCUUAACUCUUUCUCUCCGAAAUUAUUACCCGCGUUCUGAUGAAUUAUCAAAUUUUGCAUAUUUGUAAGGCACUACUAUGCUAUCUCAAAACCAUCAUAUAACUUUUUUUGUUUUUCAUCAGCAAAUGUUAAGUUUGGUAUGGAAUUAAAGGGGAAUGUAUGCCCUUUACAAGCAAACCAGACUUGGGUUUAAAAAAACAAAACCCUCAAUCAAAGUCACACGAAAAGAAAUAUAUAAUCCAAACUGUAACAAAAAUGUGUUUUUUCUGAACUAUAUCCAUAAAUGCAUCACAAAUAAUAAAGAUCAACUUUAAAAAAAAGAAAAAAUUAAACACCUGAGCACAUUAGCCAUUGUCGCCGUCACACAAAAAAUUUGCGAAAAAAAUGUAACUACUUUUACUGGAAACAAUUUGUAGCUAUUAUAAAAUAUUUGCACUGUAUUCUUGUAUGUACUAAAAUUUAUUAUGUUAAAUAGACUCAUCUGGGAUUAGCUAUGGUGAGCCUAAAAAAUAAUCCAUAUGGAUGUGCACUUUAGCUCGGGGGGCGGGGCUGGUAGUUCAUCAGCUGAUGAAUUACCGAUUUCAUUAUUUCGACACUUGUACUACUAAUACUAGUACUAGGAUAAUAUAUAAUCAUACGAUUCAACAGAAUCAGCCUCUGCUUUUGAAAUGAUAAAAUCACUGUCUGAUUCAUCCUCAGAGUAAUAUUUUCAACCUUUAUUAGUUUGAUCACCAGAUGGGUCAGGUCAAGAUUUCAUGUUUGUAAACAAAAAUAAAUGGACAAUGAAAACAACCGCUUCAAACACUUCGCUCUACGUAAAACCUCGUUUCAAACACAGAAAAAAACGGAUGUUUAUACAAAGGGAAAUCAUUCUAAAAUAAUUAAAAACCAAUAGCUAAGAAGAGAACCAAAAUAAACAGGUUUUUAUUCAUCGACGAUCCCGUCGUCAAUACACCAAAAUCUUCAUUUCAAAUCAACAAUGGGAGCGUUGUUCUGGAGAGGAAGAGUUAAGGGGUUUGUUGUCUUUAAAGGCAUUACAUUUUUGUUUCAGGCAUUUUAAUAUCUUAUUUUCACUCUUUCUACAGCUGGACUUGUGAUGCUUGUCAUAAGGCCAAGGGGACUAAACGAAAAGAAAACAAAUUUACAGCCAAAAGUAUGUGUAUUAUAUAGACAUUGCUAUUAGGUUUUUAAAUGUAGAUAGUUUUUAAUCAUUCAAUAUUAUCUGAUUGAUUUAAUCCCAUUGGUCAUUUAAAAAAAUCAGUUGUUGACUCAUGUUGUUAUUUUUAUUAGCUGUAAGCCAUUUUUAUUUUAAAAUUUAGCUGAAAUUUAAUUUUUAAUAUCCCUUUAUGGUUCCAACACUUGUCUACCUUUCACCCAUUUACAACUUGUGAUAGUUUUCAGUCUAAAAUAUAUUAGCAGGAAAUUGGCUUAAUGGAUAUUGAUCCUUUUUUUUUUAACCAGCUUUUCCUAAAUAAUCUCAAGUUAAUUGGUAGGUUUUUUAAAUGAUGUCAUCAUUUGUUAACUAAUUCCUAUUUAAAUAAAUCUUGUUUUAUGCUGAUCUGAGUUCAAGUUUGAACCAUAUUAAAUUUCACCAGUAACUUUAUUUUUACCAGUGACUGUGAUAAUGUGAUCUGCAAAUCCAUUCAAUAUAUAUUAAUAUCAAAAGCAAAUGCACAUCUGGAAAGCAAAGUUACUGCAGAUUGCAAUAUAGUCGACCAUCUACUUUUUAAAAAUGUUAGUUUAACUCGAUCUCACUAGACACACGAUGCUAGUAGUUAUUUUAUACAUAAUAUAUAUACACUAUGUUAUGUUAUUUAUUUAAUUUUGCUGUUCUGUUUGAUUUUGAGACAAUACUGGAUGAUUUUAGGAGUUAGAGGGUAAACAGGUCUGCUAUAGAGAAUUAUAAAAAGUUGUAUUCCCACAUUUAUUGUUCUACUCUACUUACAUUCUUUUAACUUUGUAAAUGUAUUAUUGGUUUAUUAAUAAAUGUUUUUAGCCCUAAAAAGAUGUUGAUUUUCUCUUCAAAAGAUCAAAAGUUCUUUCAUUUGCCUAUUACAUGUCACAUUUUAUGGCAAUGAGGCAAGAUGAGGAAGUAAUAUCCCUUAACAUUCCAUUUUAAGUUUAACUUGAUUAUAACUAAUUCUCAUUUUUAUAUUUUCAGAAUUACCAACAACCAAAUUGGGUACAUUUCUUGAGAAUAGAAUAAACAACUUUCUUCGUAAAAAGGAAACCCAAGCGGGUGAGGUCACAAUUAGGGUAUUGUCCAGCUAUGAUAAAAUGACGGAAGUCAAACCAUUAAUGAAAAAGCGGUAAGUCAAAAUAAUUUUAGAAAAUUUUCUAAUUCAUGUUCCAGUUUUAUUCAGUAUUGCUAUUGUAAAGAAAAAAUAAUCUAAUCUUUUUCAUUACAUAGCAAUUUAAUUUUAUUCUCAGCUAUCAUUUUUUGAAACAUACAUGAGACCUUAUAUUAGAAUAUUUAGUUGUACCUUUCUGACCACUGUCGUAUUUGUAAGUUAUACUUAAUACUGUUGAUGUCAUUAACACUAUGAAAUAACUUAGCAGCAAAUUUUUUGUUUCAGAGGGCUUUGAAAGUAAAUUAAAUAUUUUAUUUCAGAUUUGGUGAUGAGAUACCUGAAUCCUAUCCAUACCGAGCAAAGGCAAUGUUUGCCUUUGAAGAAAUCGAUGGUGUUGAUGUUUGCUUCUUUGGUAUGCAUGUUCAAGAAUAUGGCUCAUCUUGUCCAAUGCCAAACACAAGGUAAUAAUAACCUUUGAAACGAGUGCACACUGUUUUUUCCCAAUUUCAAAAUUUCUGACACCUUUUACUGUGAUUAAAGAUUUUAAAAUUAACAAUUCACAUAAAUGAUGGUCAAUUGUCCAUCUUCUAUGAUUGUUUAGUUGGGUAGUAAUGUUUUGCUAACAUAUGGUCAAAGAAGAUGUGCAUUGUUGAUUAUACCAGGAGGCUAACUGUAUAUACCUUAAAGCAGUUCAUAAUUUACACUAGUUGACUUGUGAAAAUUUUUCUAUCCAACUAACAAGAACUUGUUCAAACCCAUGCUCUUUAACAUAUUUUUGUUUAAAGUAUUAUCUUUAUCAACUGUAUAUCAUUGGGGGCUUUUUUGGUCUCAAAAUAAAAUAUUGAAACAGCAUUUGAAAUAUUUAUUUUGAAACAGAAAAUUUAUGUCUAUGUAACUUUUUUUUAAGGUCCCCUUUUUAAUGUUAUACUCUUGAAUAGGAGAGUCUACAUAUCUUACUUGGACAGUGUUCAUUUCUUCCGACCAAGACACCUGAGAACUGCUGUUUAUCAUGAACUCCUCAUUGGCUAUCUUGAAUAUGCUAAAACACUGGGUUAUACAACUGCCCAUAUUUGGGCCUGUCCGCCUAGUGAAGGUGAUGACUAUAUUUUCCACUGUCACCCACCUGAGCAGAAAAUACCUAAACCCAAAAGACUUCAAGACUGGUAUAAGAAGAUGCUAGACAAAGCUAUUAUUGAUCGUGUUGUAGUAGACUACAAAGUAAGCAUGUUUUUUAAAACAUCUAUGCAAGCAUUAAAAAAUACUUUUAAAUAUGGUAUUUAGAAGUUAAAUUUUUCAUGGCUAUAUUUUUAGAAAACAUUGUUUUGUAUAAAGAAGUUGUGAAAUUUAACACAAGCAGAUUUGUUAUACUUGAUUUUUAAUGAUUUCUAAUGAAAUUAACUACUUUUAAUGAGAUUCUGUGUUAUCAAUGAAUCACUAAAUUUGAAUAAGAGCUUUGAUACAAAAUUUUGAUCAACAAGAGUCAAAUUUGUUCAAAGAGUUUACGAGACAUUUUUAUUAUGGCCAGGGUUUCUAGCAUACAUUUGCAAUUCAGAAAUUAUUCCAUCCAUUUUUUUUCCUCACUGAUAUAAAACUAAAUCCAAGAACUAAAACUAAGACCAUCGGUGAACGCUCCUUCUGCUUCCAUGGGCCCACGUUCUGGAACCAGCUCCCCUUCCAUAUACGUCAUAGUGAAACCUCGUCCAGUUUCAAAAAGUCCCUUAAAACUCAUCUGUUUAGGUCCGCCUAUGACCUGUGAUGCACCCUCCUUGCCCUACCUCAUUUUCUGUUAGAAUAGUAGUUACUAUCCUAGUGUCUCAUUUUUAUUUUACUUAGUUCACAUGUUUUAAUAAUUGUAAAGCGCUUAGAGCUUUAUGAUAAGCGCUAUAUAAAAAUGCCUAAAUAAAUAAAUAAAUAAAUAUAUCUGACUUAAGACAUCAAUUUAAUUGUUAUGCUUCAGCUUUUUAAAAAGCAUAUACCAAAAACUUAUUUAAAUAUUGCCAAUAAAUAAACAAAAUGCCAGAUUACUUUUUUUUUUUUUUUUAAAUGUUUUUUUCUUAAAUCUUUGCAGGACAUUUUUAAAGAUGCUAUUGAUAGUGGUUUGAGUACUGCAAAAGACAUGGCAUACUUUGAGGGAGACUUUUGGCCCAAUGUAAUAGAAGAUAGUAUCAAGGAAUUGGAUCAGGAGGAGGAAGAAAAGCGUAAGAGGGAAGAAGCAGAGGCAGCAGAAGCAGAGGCUCAAGAUACAGUUGAAGAGACAAAUGAUGCUGUAAGUUUAUCGUCACUACUAUUUUGAAAUCAGGAUUCACUAAUUCAUUGGGGGGGUUUUUUGUUAGUAACACACCUUAUUAAAUUUAGUAGGUCAACAUUUUCAAACAUGAAAUGCCACCGAUAUUUCUUCAAAGGAAGCUUUUAAACAUAAUUUGUUGUUGGGUUUGAUUUAUGUUUGGAAUAGGUCCUGAUGCAUUUUAAGUUGGGUUUUUUUGUUUUUUAAUAUACUGUUAGUGUCAUCUUUUUUUAAAAAAGUUUUCACCUCAGUCCUUCUUAUUGUAAGAUCUGAAUAACAUUUAACAUUUAUUUGGUAAAUUUUACUCCAUUUCUUUACUUCAAGAGCAAUUUUAAUGAUUGCAUUUAAAAAAUAGUUAAAUCUUUCUGAUAAACAGGAAGUUUCUGGAAAAAAGAAAGGAGAGAAGAAAGGUCAGCGAAGUAAAAAAGCUAACAAAAGCAAGGGAAGUGCAAGGAAAAACAACCGCAAGACAAAUCUUCCACAGGGUACAAAUGAUCUGACAGCCAAACUAUACAACCAUAUGGAAAAACAUAAAGAGGUAACAACCAUUUGUAAAUGGAUUGCUUAUUAUUUUUUUUUAUAAAGGGACCUUCAAUAUUGUAUAUUUAGAAAACAAUAUAUCACUUAAAUAGAAGUUGUUUACCAAUACAGUUUUUUGUUAAGAACUAAUGAAAUGUGUGUGGAUUCAAAUUAUUAAAAAUAUCAGUGCAAUUAGAUGUAAAUGAAGAUAACUUCUUUGUUGCUUUUGUACUACUGUCAUUGUAGUAUAAUUAUUUUCGUGACUAAUUUAAAAUGUGAUUGAGAUAAUUGACAUUUUAUUUAUUUUUGACACUCAUUUUGUCCUUACCUUUAUUUUUUUAUUUUUACUAUAAAAAAAAUUUAUAGUUCUGGUUUUGAUUAUUAAACCUGGUAUAGUUCAAUUACAGAUUCAAUUUUAGACUUGAAUGGAAAGACGCAACAAAAAAUGUUGCUUAUUCUAUAUGUAUUUAAUCACUUUUGUUUUUAUUCCCUUAGGUUUUCUUUGUUAUACGCCUACAUAACCAGCAAAUAGCAGCAUCUCUGCCACCAAUCACAGAACCUGAUCCGGCCAUGAGUUGUGAUUUGAUGGAUGGUCGUGACGCCUUCCUGACAACAGCAAGAGAGAAACAUUAUGAAUUUUCUUCUUUGCGAAGGGCCAAACUUUCUUCUGUGGCUCUACUGUAUGAGUUACACAACCAAGGAAAAGAUGCAUUUGUGUACACAUGUAACAGUUGUAAAGCAGCUGUUGAGACACGCUACCACUGUAACACUUGUGAUGUAAGUUAACUUUGAUUUCAAUUAAAUCAUCUUAAUUGUUAACAUUAUUUUUAAAGAAUUCACUUUUUUUUUUAAAUUAUUUUUUUUAUCCUUUUUCUUCCAUUUUCUUUCUUUAAUGUAAUAUAAUUUUGGAUUUCUUUAUUCUACAGGACUUUGAUCUCUGUAUCCCCUGUUACAAAAAGGAAAACCAUGCCCACGAGAUGACUAAGCUAGGAUUGGGUCUAGAUGAGAUUGCUAGCAGUACAGAUAAAGAAGAAAACCCCCAGGAAUCCCGUCGAAAAUCUAUUCAGCGCUGUAUAACUUCCUUGGUACAUGCGUGCCAGUGCAAGAAUGCUAACUGUCGUAUCAACUCAUGCAUCAAGAUGAAACGUGUUGUUUCACAUACUAUGAGCUGCAGGCGUAAGACAAACAAUGGCUGUCCAAUCUGUAAACAACUUAUAGCACUCUGUUGUUACCAUGCCAAACAUUGUACGGAAGCUAAAUGCCCAGUACCAUUCUGCCCUCAGCUGAAGCACAAACUAAGACAAAAGCAACUUCUUACCAACCUGCAUCAGGCUCAGAUGCUCAGGCGACGUGUUGCUAUCAUGAAUGGAAAUAGUAGUAGCAAUGCUACUUCAAGUAAUGGACCUUCUAGUUUGACUACCCCAGAUGCUUCUCCUCAGCCAUCAACAUCUACCCCUUACAAUAGCGGUAGUGUUGGAAAAGCAGCUGGUGGCCCGCCUAGAGCGGCUAUAAUCGCAGCCCAAGAAGCCCAAGUGCAAGCAGAAGCUCAGAGGCAAGGAACUGGAGUACCAGGCAUUGGGUCAAUAGGUAAACCCCCUAUGCAGCCACCUGCUAGACCCUCACCUCCUACUAUUGUGACUUCAGUUGGUAAGCCUAUGAAUGCAAAUCGACCACCAUGGCCUCCCUCUUUUCCACAAACACAAGUGAGACCCCCUAUUGGUGCCAAUGUUGUAAGGCUCCCAGGAAUGUCAAGUAUUCCACAGCAGCAACAGCAGCCUCAACAGCAGGCAGUGUCUACCAUAGGACCAAGUGUAGGCACUGUUGCUCCUGGUCCAACUGGUGCUGGAGUAAGUGGAGCUAUAGGUCCUGCAGUCCACAACAUGUUGCAAGCUUUCAAAAAUCAAAACUUUUCUCAAGCUGAAUGGGUUGCUGUCUUGAAAAAGAAUCCUCAGCUCAUGGCCCAAGUGCUGAAACUUAAAAACCAGAAAGUACAACAGCAGCAGCAACAACAACAACAGCAGCAGCAGCAACAACAACAGCAAUCCCAGCAGAUGCUUGGUAUGUCAAAUAUGGUUCAGCCUAUGCCCCAACAGGUUAGUGGGCAGAUGCAACAGGCUCAGCAGCAGCAACAGAUGCGUAACCAAAUGAGUCAGUUAAUGCAACAACAAUACAGACAGCAGCAGCAGCAACUUCAGCAGCCACAAACCUCACAAAUAAACCAGUUUGCUCAGCCACAGCAGCCCUUUGUCCAACGUCCAAGAACUAACUUUCAACAAUCUUUUCAGAAUGACACUGGGCACAACAUGCACCAGUUUCAACAACAGCAGCAACACAUGCUUCACCACCAAGCCCAAUUGAAACAGCAAAUGGUUGGUGGCCAACCCAUGAGCCCUCAAUACAUGCUGUCCCAACAAGCUAAUCCCAAUUCCCAACAAAUUCUCCAGGGUGUGCGCUCACCCCCAGCUUCUGCUGCUGGUCUACCUCAGACAGUUCGCUCUCCCCAACCUACACCUUCCCCUAGGCAACAACCCAUUCCUUCACCUCGCCAAUUACAGCACUCGCCACAUCAUAAUAUGGUCAACAAUGCCUCACCUCUUCAUGUCAUGGGGGUGGGACAGGACAAUUCACAAAUCAAUAGUGACCAUGUCAUGCUACCAUUACAAACUCAUAAUUCCAUGUCGCAACUUUCAUCUAAUGAUGUGAACAUGGGACAGCAAGACAAUGAGGUAGCACCCCUGACACCUCAGGACCAAUUAGCUCAUUAUGUGAACCAAAUGUAGUCCAUUUUGUGUGUGAGUGUUUGUAUAAAUUCCUAUCUAGUAACUUAUCAUCAAGAAAUUUUUGCUGUAUUUGUUUUAUGUACAGAAAAACACCAUUUUCUUUGAACAAAUGUGAUCAAUGUUGUUUUCAUUAAGAGUUGUUUUAUAUUUUUUACAGAAAUUGUCACUUAUGUGUAUGUUUGUUGCUGACAUUGCUGUUGCUGUAAAUUUUAAAUAAGCUCGGAAAGAAGUCCUUGCUAAUGAGACUCAUAUUAUUUGUAAAUACAUAAUCACUAUGUACAGAGAAACUGAAUGACAAAAAUAUAAUUUCUCAUUUGUUACAUGGUGUUUUUUUGUUGUUGUCAUGCUGUAUAGUUAUUUCUUACUUAUUGCAUCACUAAGUUCUAUUAUGAAACCAGAUCUAACCAAAAAUUUAAAUAGUCUUAAGAGAGGAAACAUUAUUCUGUGAUUGUUUAUAUGGACUUUAACAAAAAGUGUGUACAUUGGAGUAACUGUCAUCCCUCGGCUGGCCUGAGCUUAUAACAAAUUUUGCUGCAGGUGGCAUGUGUCAUAUUUUCUGAGGAAGAACCAUUUCUUCAUCAGUGUUAAUACAAAGUUGGAUCUCUAAUGUACUUCCUUGUUAAUGUAGAAACAAAGCAUUACUUAAUUUUAAACAAAUACCUGUUCAAAAAAGCACUAUAUUAAAAUAUAAUUAUAUUUAUGUUUUUAAAUUUUUUGCAGUGAGAGUCUCAUUGCUUAUAUUUAAUUCCAAUGGGGAACUACCCUACAAUCUAUGAAAACUUAUUUGCUUGUCCCUUGGUAAAUUUGAUGAGAUUUAAACUGAGAUAGACAGUUGUUGUGUCAGUGAGCUUAACCUGUACAAGAAAUAUACUUUUGUUAUCUCUGGCUCUUCUAAAGAAAGCUAAAAUAUCAAAUGUAUUCAUACAAUUUACUCAAGUAUUCCUAUUUGCACUGCCAUGUGGAUAAUUAGCCAUUUUUUUUUCAUUAGUUUUCAAUACUAUUUCUUAAUUAGAUACUUAAUAAAUGAAUCCAAAGGAUAAUAUAACAUGAGAUAAUGAUAUGUACAUAGGUAUUGUGAGAGCAUAGCAAUUUUUUUUUACUUUAGUGACUUGUUUUUUUUUUUUAUAUUAUAUAUUUGAGACUUGAGUCAUGCAUUCAUUUAAAACUGUCGAUUUUAUUUUCCAACUGUCUUAUUGACUGAGAUGAGCCUGCUCUUGUCAUCUCAGAUUUUUCACCAGAACUGAAGCACAUGCUUAAAGUGUAGGGAAUUGUUUUGAUGCCAAGUUACAGAAAUUCUGGGCAACGACCCCCGCCUCCCUCUUCAGGCCAUGGAAUAACUGUAACACUAUCAAAACAAUUGUAUCAAAGUUUAAAAACACCAAGUAAUGCUGGCAAAAAAUUGAGAUAUUUUUCGAUUGGAUGCAUCAACCUUGACGUUUUAUGCUGUUGUCUAUGCAAUCACUUAUUUUUCAAAUAAAAACCCAUCCUUGCAUAAGAUGUCAGUACAAACUAUUUUGUACUAUUUAAUUGAUCUCUUUGUAUCAUACUGUGGUUUUAUCAGAAAACUUAGUUUGUUGUAUAGAAACUGUCUGGAUAUUUAUUUUAAUUUCUCAGACAAAUCUUUUCUUUUAACUAACCUAUUGAAAUUAUUACUUUUCUGUCUUAAAUUUCAUACCAACAAAUACAAUAGCCACUAGUUAAGUAUGACACCUAACAUAUCUCUUGAUUAUGGGUUCAUUUUCAGAGAGUUGCCCAUUUCAGUGUUACAUAUCUACAAGUAAAUUCUAAUAUAUUUUAAGUAAUUUUUUUAAUCCUUUUUUUUGAUUUUGAACAUUUCUGUUGCUUUCUACAUUUCAUCUCAUCUUUUCCCAAUGUAUAGAGGAAUUAAUAGACUGAAGGAAAGGUAAUUUUUAACACAAGUUUUAUUUUGUAUAUUCUGUAACAAAUGCUUGUUUUAAGGGCAUGUAAGUUAUAAUUUCUCAGUACAACGAUGUGUGAUUGCAGAGACUUGAUUCAGGAUGUUUUAAAUUUGUAGGUGUUUGCUCAUUUGAGUCAUUAAGCGAUCAAAAUUGUAUAACAGGACUUCGAACUGCAACAAAAGGGUUUUGUUUCAUUUUUUAUGGAGUUGGAAGGAACAUAAUGGUAUUGGCAAGAAUUCUUGAUAUUAUUAUAACUUAAUAUAAUGUGGGACCAAACAGAAGAAGUAUAGUAGUCAUUUAUUUGAUAUUAUUUUAAUUUAACAGAAAAUUAUCUAUUUAAAACCUUUAGCUACAGUAUUUAAAUGACAUAAAGUGAUUUGUACAGUAAAUAAGUAACAUUGCAGCAGUCAUUUUGUGCCUUAAUAUAUGAAAGAGCAAAGCUUGGCAGUGGCUCAAUUAAGUUAUACAAAGUUAAAAAAGGGCUGCAAAUGUUAAUAUGGGUUUUAAAUAUGUAGGGUUGGAGAUAAUACAUUAGUCACUUAUUGAAUGAGUGUUCGUUUCAGAAACAGAUGGAGUUGUUUCAUUUCAAAUAAAGGAUAUAAGGACAAUUCAAUAACUUAGGUCGCAGCUUUAUGAGCUGGUUCAUAUUUAUUCAUAAGGUAGUUUGUCUUACAAUUUCGAUUUGAUCCGCAUCCCUGUGAAUAGCACUUUUGUCUAUUCAAUAAACCGUUAGCCAGCAUCUUGGUUGUAACUAGUACUUGCCCAGGCAGCUUGUAAACAUGAAUAAUUACAGUCGGGAUGUUCUUGUGGAAAUAAUUGUGAAAAUAUCCACUACUUGAUUUUACUCAAAUUUCUCUCUCUGUUAAAACCUUAUGGAUCAGCAAUGAUGUCCAAUUCAGGCAUGUGCAAUGAGUAUUAGGUUCCAAGCAUAAUAGGCUGUCAAUGGUGUGAAAAUAUUGGCCCAGGCCCCAAAAUACCAUUUUUCUAUAUUGUACUAAGCAUUGCAUAGGAUAGAUUGUUAAGGAGAGAAUUGUACAUAUUUUACUGGAAAUUUCAACUGAAUGCUGUGUGGACAUUUUAUGCGGGAGG